CACAGCAGGUCCAGGAUUGGGACCCAAUGGUCAGCCCACAGCUGGUCCAGGAUUAGGACCUGAUGGAAAGCCUAUACCAGGAUUGACACCAAAUCCACUUCUUGGCAAGACCACAUAUAUACCCCUUACGACCACACAUGGUCAUUAUACCCCAACUAAUGGAGGAUGUGAUAAUGAGCUUGGAGUGUCCAGUCCAGUCCUAGUUACCAACGACCAGCUGGAUUCUUCAUCAUCUAACGGUGCUUCCACGGACGCUAACAUGGCCAGACUCAAGGGAAAUGCUGCAUGGGUUGCAAGAUAUAAUGACGACCAGCAGUUUGUACAAGUCAACCUGAAACAACCUACACGAAUCUCUGGUGUGGUCAUCCAGGGUAAUCCCCUCGCACCACAGUGGGUCACCAAGUAUGUUGUGCUCGUCAGUGACGAUGGAGUGACCUUCAGCCCGUAUCACGAGACUGGUGUUGCAGAGGAGAUGAUAUUUGUCGGCAGUCAUGACCAGAAUACUCCUGUCUUCGCUAGAUUUGAUAGAGAAGUUCUCACAAACUUUGUGCGCAUUCAACCCCGCGAGUGGCAAGUUGGCGUGUCCCUUCGAUUUGAUGUUCUCAGCUGCUAUAAACCCUUGCUAUCAGCUUCUACAGUAACCCCAGGAGUAGGACCAAAUGGUCAGCCUACAGCUGGUCCAGUAUUAGGACCCAAUGGUCAGCCCACAGCUGGUCCAGGAUUAGGACCCAAUGGUCAGCCAACAGCAGGUCCAGGAUUAGUACCCAAUGGUCAGCCAACAGCUGGUCCAGGACUAGGACCUGAUGGAAAACCAACACUACCUGGUGCAGGAUUAGGACCUGAUGGAAAACCCACUGCUGGUCCAGGAUUAGGACCCAAUGGUCAGCCCACAGCUGGUCCAGGAUUAGGACCUGAUGGAAAACCAACAGCUGGUCCAGGAUUAGGACCUGAUGGAAAACCCACUGCUGGUCCAGGAUUAGGACCCAAUGGUCAGCCCACAGCUGGUCCAGGAUUAGGACCUGAUGGAAAACCAACAGCUGGCCCAGGACUAGGACCCAAUGGUCAGCCAACAGCUGGUCCAGGAUUGGGACCAAAUGGUCAACCCACAGCUGGUCCAGGAUUAGGAACCAAUGGUCAGCCCACAGCUGGUCCAGGAUUAGGACCUGAUGGUCAGCCCACAGCUGGUCCAGGAUUGGGACCCAAUGGUCAGCCAACAGCCGGUCCAGGACUAGGACCCGAUGGAAAACCAACAGCUGGUCCAGGAUUAGGACCAAAUGGUCAGCCAACAGCUGGUCCAGGAUUAGGACCUGAUGGUCAGCCCACAGCUGGUCCAGGAUUGGGACCCAAUGGGCAGCCAACAGCCGGUCCAGGACUAGGACCCGAUGGAAACCCAACAGCUGGUCCAGGAUUAGGACCAAAUGGUCCGCCCCCCGCUGGUCCAGGAUUAGGACCUGAUGGAAAACCAACAGCUGGUCCAGGAUUAGGACCAAAUGGUCAGCCAACAGCUGGUCCAGGAUUAGGACCUGAUGGUCAGCCCACAGCUGGUCCAGGAUUAGGACCAAAUGGUCAGCCAACAGCUGGUCCAGGAUUAGGACCCAAUGGUCAGCCAACAGCCGGUCCAGGACUAGGACCUGAUGGAAAACCAACAGCUGGUCCAGGAUUAAGACCCAAUGGUCAGCCCACAGCUGGUCCAGGAUUAGGAACCAAUGGUCAGCCCACAGCUGGUCCAGGAUUAGGACCUGAUGGAAAACCAACAGCUUGUCCAGGAUUAGGACCUGAUGGUCAGCCCACAGCUGGUCCAGGAUUAGGACCAAAUGGUCAGCCAACAGCAGGUCCAGGUCUAGGACCUGAUGGAAAACCAACAGCUGGUCCAGGAUUAGGACCGAAUGGUCAGCCCACCGCUGGUCCAGGAUUAGGACCUGAUGGAAAACCAACAGCUGGUCCAGGAUUAGGACCCAAUGGUCAGCCCACAGCUGGUCCCGGAUUAGGAACCAAUGGUCAGCCCACAGCUGGACCAGGAUUAGGACCCAAUGGUCAGCCCACAGCUGGUCCCGGAUUAGGAACCAAUGGUCAGCCCACAGCUGGUCCAGGAUUAGGAACCUAUGGUCAGCCCACAGCUGGUCCAGGAUUAGGACCUGAUUGUCAGCCCACAGCUGGUCCAGGAUUAGGACCUGAUUGUCAGCCCACAGCUGGUCCAGGAUUAGGACCUGAUGGUCAGCCCACAGCGGGUCCAGGAUUAGGACCAAAUGGUCAGCCAACAGCAGGGCCAGGUCUAGGACCUGAUGGAAAACCAACAGCUGGUCCAGGAUUAGGACCCAAUGGUCAACCCACAGCUGGUCCAGGAUUAGGACCUGAUGGUCAGCCCACAGCUGGUCCAGGAUUAGGACCUGAUGGUCAGCCCACAGCUGGUCCAGGAUUAGGACCCAAUGGUCAACCCACAGCUGGUCCAGGACUAGGACCUGAUGGAAAACCCACUGCUGGUCCAGGAUUAGGACCAAAUGGUCAGCCCACAGCUGGUCCAGGAUUAGGACCCAAUGGUCAGCCCACAGCUGGUCCAGGAUUAGGAACCAAUGGUCAGCCCACAGCUGGACCAGGAUUAGGACCUGAUGGAAAACCCACUGCUGGUCCAGGAUUAGGACCAAAUGGUCAGCCCACCGCUGGUCCAGGAUUAGGACCUAAUGGUCAGCCAACAGCUGGACCAGGAUUAGGACCUGAUGGAAAACCCACUGCUGGUCCAGGAUUAGGACCCAAUGGUCAACCCACAGCUGGUCCAGGAUUAGGACCUGAUGGAAAACCAACAGCUGGUCCGGGAUCAGGACCCAAUGGUCAGCCCACAGCUGGUCCAGGAUUUGGAACCAAUGGUCAACCCACAGCUGGUCCAGGAUUAGGACCUGAUGGAAAACCAACAGCUGGACCAGGAUUAGGACCCAAUGGUCAGCCCACUGCUGAACCAGGUCUAGGUCCUGAUGGAAAACCAACAACUAAAGCUCCCUGUAUUGAACCAAUGGGUGUUGACAACAGCAUGAUUGUCCAGGAUACCCAGAUGACAGCAUCAUCUUCCCGGGAUUUGCUGUCUGCAGCAUCUUUUGGCAGAUUGUACAAUGAGUUUGGAGCCUGGGUACCCAAGAGUGGCUACAAGCGAGACUGGAUACAGGUAGAUUUCCUCACCCCGGAGGUUAUUACUGCAGUGAUCACCCAGGGGAGUCCAAUAGAAUCCAAAUGGGUGACCAAGUUUAUCAUCUCUACAAGUCAGGAUGGCAUCAGCUAUCGUCCUUACUCCACUGAUGCAACAGGAAUGCCAAAAGUGUUCUACGGCAACACUGACGGAAGCAACAGGGUCAUCAAUCAACUCGACCACCAAAUCACAGCCAGGUUCAUUCGUAUUAUUCCUGUUGACGCUGCUGCUGGAGGAGUUGCAAUGAGACUGAACUUCUUGGGUUGUUUCUCCAGUGCAACUCCAGCUCCAGGGAAAGUCACCAGCAAACCCCAAAUCACGCCAGUACCAAUUACUACCUUGGAACCAGUGUGUGCUAUACCUAUGGGACUGGAGAACAGCCUCAUUGUAGGUGACAGCCAGAUCUCUGCCUCAUCCUCCAAGAGUCCUAAGAACAAUGCCACCCAAGGUCGUCUCUAUGGUGACGGCAAAGGAAAUGCUUGGAUACCUAGACUUUCUGAUAAGAAUCCACACAUUGACGUGAACUUCCUAGAGGCCAAAUCUAUAACUGGGGUUGUAGUUCAAGGUCAAGGCAAGCUUCCACUGUGGGUCACAUCCUUCACUGUAUCAACAAGUUUGGAUGGAAACACGUAUGUACCAUACAAGGAUCACGGGAAUGAUACGAAUGCUAAACAUUUCCCCGGAGACAAAAACAGCUACACUCCAGUCACCUACCUCUUCAACAGGAAAAUUGUUGCCCAGUAUGUGAGGAUCACACCAAUUGAAUAUUACGGACUGCCCGCCAUUAAGUUCAACAUCAUGGGCUGUAAUCCAUCAGCUCCUCGACCUACACUUGCUCCGUUGCCUGGCAGCCAGGGUGUCCCAACAGCUGCACCAAGUCUGGGAGGUGCUGCCAAGCCCACUGCAGCCCCAAAUGCAGGAUCAUACAGCAAGCCCACUGCCAUGCCCCUUGCCCCAGGUCAUUCAGCUCCCACGGCUGCCCCACCAAUUGGCAAAUUUGAGGCACCACCAAAGGUUUGCCUGUCCACUAUGGGCCUGCAGAAUCACUAUGUGGUGAGCAACAGUCAGCUGUCCGCCUCCUCCUCCAAGGAUAACAACCAUAGCCCCAGCAUGGGCCGAAUCUUCUCACAAACUGCCUGGAUACCGAGUGCUACAGACAGUGCACCUUGGAUCCAAGUUGACUUCAAGAAGCCUAAGUUGUUGUCUGGCGUCAUCACAAUGGGCGGUCAUCUCUUGCAGCAGUGGGUAAAGGAUUACAAGAUUACCACCUCCCUAGAUGGGAAGGUGUUUACCCCCUACAGCGAUGUACCAGGCUCCCCUGUUGCCAAGGUGUUCAAUGGUAACACUGACAGUUCAACUCCGGUCCGACAGCUCUUCAACCGUAACAUCACCACACAGUUCAUUAGGAUCUACCCGCUGCAUUUCCAAGGCUCAAGUCCUGCCCUGAGACUGAACAUUCUAGGCUGUACUCCAGAUACUCCUGCUCUGCCAACUCCUAUUCCAGGGGCAACCAACAAACCAACUGCCAUGCCUCUCCCAGGACAAGGAGGGGUGCCCACAGCGACUCCUGCACCUGGUGUCACUACCCUUCCCACUGUUGCACCAAACACAGUUUGUGAUGUGCCCAUGGGCAUGGCUGACCGACAAAUUGUCAAGGACUUCCAGUUGUCAGCUUCCAGUUACCUUGACCGCUUCCACUCAGCUAGCCGUGGCCGUAUUUACACGCAGAAGGACGGCAGCUAUGGAGGUGGAUGGAUACCUGCUGUCAAGAAUGACCGACAGUACAUCCAGGUUGACUUCCUAGCCCCGUAUCACAUCGCGGGAAUCAUGAGCCAGGGCCAGCAAGACAGGAAAUUCUGGGUUACCAAGUAUGAGGUGUACUACAGUCGCGAUGGAAAGAACUUCCUGCCUGUGACAGCCUCCAUGACCGACAAGUCCCCAUUGGUGAUCUCCGGUAACACCGAUCAGAACACUCCCAUCACCAAUACGUUCCCUAUGAUCUACGCCCGAUACAUCAGGAUUCGUCCACUGGAGUGGCACCAAGGUAUUGGACUUCGUUUUAAUCUUGUUGGCUGUUUGUCGCCGACCCCGGCCCCAACCACCAUGGAACCAUUCAUCCCUGGCUCAACAAUGGAACCCUUCAAUAAGAUGUCGACAAUGGAGCCGUUCAUUUCACCAUCCACCCUAGAGCCGUUUGUGCCUGGUCUUGUUGAGAAAACGCCUGUACCGACGUCCUGCCUGUAUUGGACACCCUGGAUCAGUACAGUCAAGCCUGACCAGACCGGAGAGUACGAGACAAUCUAUAACAUGAAGAACCUCAUCCGUACGUGUGAGAUGAACAAGAUCACUAAGAUUGAAUGUCGGGCCGUCGGUUCACACAUGACGUUCAAUGCGACGGGUGAGGUUGGCAUUAUGUGCGGACUUGAUUACAAUGGUCUUGUCUGUCUCAACAACAAGCAACCCUCAGGACAAUGUCAGGAUCACGAGAUCAGAGCCUUCUGCGACGAGUGUGCUUCUCAUGUGACAACAACCAUCCAGACCCCGCCUCCACGAGUAACGCCCAACACCAACCUUCCUCUGUGUAACGAGAGUAAGUGGUCGGUGUGGAUCAACAAACAUGUUCCCAGUGGAGAUGGUGGCGAGGUGGAGAACCUGUCCACAGCAGAACGCCAGAGUCUAUGUAAUGGUGGACGUAUCACAAAGGUCGAAUGUGAGGAUAUGUAUGGUGUAUCCUACCUCAGCAGUGCUGCCUUGAGCUCUUGUACUCCAGAAAAUGGCUAUGUGUGUCGCGAUGAGGAUAACGCACCUCUUCCAUGUGACGACUUUACAUCUCGUUUCUUCUGUGAUUGCUCAGAACCAACAACUCUUGUGCCUGGUCAGCCCACAGCUGGUCCAGGAUUAGGACCCAACGGUCAGCCCACAGCUGGUCCAGGAUUAGGACCCAAUGGUCAGCCCACAGCUGGUCCAGGACUAGGACCUAAUGGUAAGCCCACAGCUGGUCCAGGAUUUGGACCAAAUGGUCAACCUACAGCUGGUCCAGGAUUUGGACCCAAUGGUCAACCUACAGCUGGUCCAGGAUUAGGACCCAAUGGUCAACCUACAGCUGGUCCAGGACUAGGACCCAAUGGUCAGCCCACAGCAGGACCAGGACUAGGACCCAAUGGGCAGCCCACCGCUGGGCCAGGACUAGGACCCAAUGGUCAACCCACAGCUGGUCCAGGCCUAGGACCCAAUGGUCAGCCAACAGCUAGACCAGGACUAGGCCCCAAUGGUAAUCCUAUAUUAUAUGGUCCAGGAUUUGGACCAAAUGGUCAACCCACAGCAGGACCAGGACUAGGACCCAAUGGUCAGCCCAGAGCUGGACCAGGACUAGGACCCAAUGGUCGACCCACAGCUGGACCAGGACUAGGGCUCAAGGGUCAGCCCACAGCUGGACCAGGACUAGGCCUCAAUGGUCAGCCCACAGCUGGUCCAGGACUAGGACCCAAUGGUCAGCCAACAGCUAGACCAGGACUAGGACCCAAUGGUAAUCCUAUAUUAUAUGGUCCAGGAUUUGGACCAAAUGGAAAACCAACUGCUGCCCCUGAAAAAUGUACACGGUGGUCAGCUUGGCUCAAUAGAGACAAGCCCAGCACAGGAACAGGUGACUUGGAGUUCAUGACACCAGAAGAACAACACACUUUCUGUGCCCAAGGGGAGAUAAGCAAGGUGGAGUGUUACUUGGCCGCCGAUAAUACACCUGCCUACAGCAGUGGAGAGAGCAUCACCUGCAACAUAGUGACAGGAUUCUCCUGUAAAAAUGUGGAGAACUUCCCAUUUUCCUGUCAGGAUUACAAGAUCAAGUACCAGUGCAAAGAACUAUGUGCAUUUACCAAACCAACAAGACAUGACAUAUAUUCCACCACACCUCUGCCUGGAAUAGGACCCAAUGGUCAGCCCACAGCUGGUCCAGUAUUAGGACCUGAUGGAAAACCCACAGCUGGACCAGGAUUAGGACCGAAUGGUCAACCUACAGCUGGUCCAGGAUUAGGACCUGAUGGAAAACCCACAGCUGGUCCAGCAUUAGGACCCAAUGGUCAGCCAACAGCUGGUCCAGGAUUAGGACCUGAUGGAAAACCCACAGCUGGUCCAGGAUUAGGACCUGAUGGAAAACCCACGGCUGGACCAGGAUUAGGAUCCAAUGGUCAACCCACAGCUGGUCCAGGAAUGGGACCAAAUGGUCAGCCUACAGCUGGUCCAGGAUUAGGACCCAAUGGUCAGCCCACAGCUGGUCCAGGUGUAGGACCCAAUGGUCAGCCCACACCUGGUCCAGGAUUAGGACCUGAUGGAAAACCCACAGCUGGACCAGGAUUAGGACCGAAUGGUCAACCUACAGCCGGUCCAGGAUUAGGACCUGAUGGAAAACCCACAGCUGGACCAGGAUUAGGACCGAAUGGUCAACCUACAGCCGGUCCAGGAUUAGGACCUGAUGGAAAACCCACAGCUGGUCCAGGACUAGGUCCCAAUGGUCAGCCUACCGCUGGACCGAAUGUAGGGCCUAAUGGUCAGCCAACAGCUGGUUCAGGUGUAGGACCUAAUGGUCAGCCCACAGCUGGUCCAGGAAUGGGACCCGAUGGUCAGCCCACAGCUGGUCCCGGAUUAGGACCUGAUGGAAAACCCACAGCAGGACCAGGACUAGGACCAAAUGGUCAACCCACAGCUGGUCCAGGGUUAGGACCUGAUGGAAAACCAACAGCUGGUCCAGGAAUGGGACCAAAUGGUCAGCCUACAGCUGGUCCAGGAAUGAGUGCCAUUGGUCAGCCCACAGCUGUUCCAGGAUUAGGACCUGAUGGAAAACCCACAGCUGGUCCAGGACUAGGUCCCAAUGGUCAGCCUACCGCUGGACCAAAUGUAGGGCCUAAUGGUCAGCCAACAGCUGGUCCAGGUGUAGGACCUAAUGGAAAACCAACAGCUGGUCCAGGAUUUGGAACCAAUGGUCAGCCCACAGCUGGUCCAGGAUUAGGACCUGAUGGAAAACCCACAGCUGGUCCAGGAUUAGGUCCCAAUGGUCAGCCUACAGCUGGUCCAGGAUUAGGACCAAAUGGUCAGCCCACGCUGGUCCAGGAUUAG